GUGACUUUGGGAGGAGGGUGGUCAAAGUCCCAGGUCCAAAGUCAACAAACAGCCUCAGUCUUAAGAUGAAGGACCCUAUCAGCACCUGCUCUUAUAACCAACUCUAUCAAAAUGUGAAACGAUUUUCAAAAACUGGGGAGUACUUCUGCAAAGAACUUAUGACAGUUUUUCAACAAAGGGCUGAGCUGGAACUUACCUAUGCUAAAGGACUACAAAAACUUGCUGGCAAACUCAUCAGGGCCUCCAAAGAAAUGUCAAACAAUUCCACCUACAGUGCCUGGUGUCAUGUGUCAGAUGAGAUGUACUCAAGAGCAGAUGCCCACAGAUCAUUAGGAAAUGCAUUUCAGCAAGAAGCAAUUCUGGAAAUACGCCAAGUCUUAGAUGAGCAUAAUAAGAGGAAGAGGCCUCUUGACGGUGCCAUUGAAAGAAAUGGAAAACUUGUUACUGUCAAUUGGAGUGAGCAACUCAAGAUCAAGAAGAAAUUGGUUGGACUAACAAGAGAGCAUGAGGCUUUGUUCAACUUUGUUGAGAACAACAAACACAUUUGCACAGAAAAAGAAAAACAAAAGAUGCUGAACAGGCUGACUAAGUCAGCAGAGAUGCAGGCGCGGGUGGAUGAGGAGUACUUUAAUAUCAACAUGGAGGGUCAUCAGAUGAGACUCAAGUGGGAAAACACACUGAAAAACUGCCACCAGAUCAUACAGGAGCUGGAGAAACAGCGAAUUGAAGUUCUGUGCAACAUUUUGAAAAGAUACAACCUCCACAUGUCCAGCUUUGGGCAGACCCUCAUACAUGGCCAAAGACAGACAGAACAGGCAGUCCAAAGGGUGGACAUGGAUAAAGACAUACAAACCCUGGUGGUAGAAAACAGCAUCACAGCUGAAGAUAACAAAGCAGAGUUUUUGAUGGCUGAUUAUUUUGAGGAGGACAGCAAAUCACUGAUGGACAAAGACCGAAGAAAAGAGGGCAUCAAACUCAAACUCCAGCGUCUGGAGAACAGUAUUACAAAAACAAAGAAAGACAUUGAAGGAAUUGAAAAACUGAUGAAAACAUACUCUGAAAAUCCAUCUUUUUCAAACCAAAAGAAUCUUGAGGAAACUGAACAGCAGCUCGACGAGAGUACUCUAAAGCUGGAUCUCCUCGAGGCCACUCACUACAAACUCUCUGUAUCGCUGUCUGAAUUAGAAGGGAAAGCCAAGUCCUCUCACCGAUUUAGUGACAGCAUUGUGAAAUGGAAAGAUAAGGACUGUGAGCACAGUGUUGUUCAACUGACUCGUCCAGUCAAACUCAGGAGGACCCCAUUCAGAUCCCAACAGUCACUGAGAGCUUCCAUCAUUUACAAAGGACCGGCUCAGUUUGUGACACAGCAGGCUGCGGACGCUUUACCGAGUGCCACCGACCAAGCCACUUCCACAGCUGCAACACAUGAAACUGUAGCUGUAGAGUGUGACAGCACUGUUCAUGGAGCCCUGUCUCACACUGACGACAAAGAACAAGGUCAAACAACACCAGAGUUGUGCAGUAUAGGAAAAUGCAAGGCCCUGUACAAUUUCACACCUGAACAGGAUGAUGAAUUGACUUUGAAAGAAGGAGAUCUUUUAGACAUUCACGCAAAGGAAGAGAAUGGUUGGUGGUUUGGCGAACUUAACGGGAAGACAGGCCAUUUCCCAUCAACCUAUGUUGAGGAGCUGCCUGUGUUAAGCAAAGUCAAAUCAUCUGACGCCUGAUUGACGUGAAUAUAUAUAUAUAAAAUACAAAACUCACCCUGAAU